ACUAUCAUAUUUUAAUUUAUUUUUUAAUACAAUUUCCACUGAAUCUUACCUCUUUGCUUAGGUUAUAAAACCUAAAUAAGAUAGAACUUGUACUUUGUAUUAUUAUCUAAAUAAGCAAAAAUCAUGAACCAAAAUCAUUGUGUUCCUAUUUGGAAUAAUCUAGAAGAUGGUGGUAAUUCUAUCCAAUUACAACCGCCGCCACCACCGCAGCCGCCACAACUGCCGCUUUCAAAAGCUCUUCCUUCGCAAUCUCUAUCCGCCUCCCUCUCCGCUGGUCCUGAUACCUCCAUGCUAGAUUACGAAAUGGCGGAGCUAACAUGGGAAAAUGGGCAACUCACAAUGCAUGGCUUAGGCUUACCGCGCGUACCAAGCAAAUCCAACCUAGCCGAAGCCGUGGCGUGGCCUGAAAAAACCUCCACACGUGCCAACGGCAUGCUUGAGUCCGUAGUAAACCAAGCCUAUCAAAACCCAAAACCGACACCCUCUCGAGGGCGCCAAGGCACGUGUGAGCAAGACGAAGACGACAUCGUUCCGUGGUAUGGGCCACUAACACCAGCUCCUGUUCCCGUGACGCUCGACGCGCUCGUUCCAAAUACGAAUGUGAUGGGUUGCUCCACGCGCGUGGGGUCGUGCAGUGCAGCGGCGCGUGUUCCAAUGGGUUCUGAUUGGAGCGUGAGUAAGAGCGCGACGGAGAGUACUAGGAGGAAACGACAUGCGGAGGACACGUGUGAGCAGUUGAGAAGUAUGAAUAAUAAUAACGGUCUUACGUCCACGUCAUUUGGACCUCCUUCACCGGGAAACACCAUGACUAUUACUGUUGACGACCAUGACUCGGUAAGUCAUAGUAGGUCUCAGAGGGAAAGAGGUGAAGAAGAGGAAAAUCAAAAGCAAGGUACAGCAAAAUCAGGUGUAUCAACAAAAAGGAGCAGGGCUGCUGCUGUUCAUAAUCAAUCUGAAAGAAAAAGAAGAGACAAGAUCAAUCAAAGGAUGAAGACAUUGCAAAAGUUGGUUCCUAAUUCAAAUAAGACAGACAAGGCUUCAAUGCUUGAUGAAGUAAUUGAAUACCUAAAGAAUUUACAAGCACAAAUUCAAAUGCUAAGUCGAAUGAGUUUGCCGCCCAUGAUGAUGCCACUCGCGAUCCAACACCAACUACAAAUGUCGAUGAUGGCUCCGAUGGGAAUGGGUAUGGGGAUAGGUAUGGGAAUGGGAAUGGAUCACAUGAACAUGAAUAUGAUGAACCCCAUGGCACGGCCGCCUAAUGUGGCCGGAGUCCCUCCCUCUUUCAUGAAUAUGGCUGCUGCUUAUAACAUGCCAUUAGUGCCGCCAACAUGUGAUGGUACCGGUAACCCUACUGGUGGUAGUGAAUGCCUGUUGCCUCAAGGAGCCAUGGUCCCGGCGGAUCCCUUAUCAGCAUAUCUUGCAUGCCAAUCACAUCCGAUGACGAUGGACGCAUACAGUAAGAUGGCUGCCAUCUAUCAACAACUACAAAAACAAACACAGCAACAAAUAAACCAUCAUCAACAAAAUGCACCAAGAUAGUUCCAAUAUAGGCUAAAUGUGAAGUACGUUCUAGCCAGGAUUACGUAUACUCCCUCCGUGUUUAAUAAGUGUUACACUUAUCAUAUAUUCGGUCAUGUUUUAAUAAGUGUUACACUUCUUUU